AUGGCCGCCCAUCGCUCGGGUCCGCUCAAGCAACAGAAUAAAGCUCAUAAAGGCGGACGGCACCGGGGUCGGGGAUCUGCGCAGCGGGACGGCAAGGGCCGUCUAGCACCGAAAAGCCUAAGCAAGAAGGUGAGAAAGGAGCUCAGCAGAGUAGACCAGAGGCAUCGCGCCAGCCAGCUUCGGAAGCAAAAGAAAGAGGCGGUUCUGGCAGAGAAGAGACAGCUGGGCAGUAAAGAUGGCCCUCCUCAUCAGGUCCUGGUGGUGCCUCUGCACGACAGGAUUUCCCUACCAGAGGCCCUUCGGCUGCUUCAGGAUAGGGACGCUGGAACAGUGUGCUUGAAUGAAUGGGGAAGCACCCACAACUUUAUGCUGUUAUGCCCCGGUUUGAAACAUCGGUGGUUUUUCACAUCUGCAAGGCCAGGAGAUCUGCACACUGUGCUAGAUUUGGCCAAAGUGGCUGAUAGCAUCCUGUUCCUCCUUGAUCCACUAGAAGGCUGGGACAGCACCGGGGAUUACUGCCUCUCCUGCCUUUUUGCUCAGGGCCUUCCCACCUAUACACUUGCUAUCCAGGGGAUUUCUGGCCUCCCACCGAAGAAACAAAUAGAUGCCAGAAAGAAGCUAAGUAAAGUAGUGGAGAAGCGCUUUCCUGAUGACAAGCUCCUUUUGUUAGACACGCAACAGGAGGCAGGGAUGCUGCUCAGGCAGUUGGCUAACCAGAAGCAGCGGCAUCUUGCCUUUCGAGAUCGGCGAGCCUAUCUCUUUGCUCAUCAUGCUGACUUUGUGCCUAAUGAAGAGAAUAACUUGGUGGGGACCUUGAAAAUUUCAGGCUAUGUUCGUGGACAGACUAUGAAUGUAAAUAGCUUGCUGCAUAUCAUUGGACACGGUGAUUUCCAGAUGAAACAGAUAGAUGCUCCUAUGGAUCCUUUCCCUUUAAACCCUAGAGUGAUCAAAUCCCAAAAGGACUCUGGCAUGGCGAUGGAGAUUUGUGCUACAGAUGCUGUAACUGAUAUGGAAGAAGACCUUAAGGUCCUAAUGAAGGCAGACCCUGAUAGACAAGAAACUUUGCAAACAGAGGUGAUACCUGAUCCAAUGGAGGGGGAGCAAACCUGGCCCACUGAGGAGGAACUGAGGGAGGCAAAUGACUUGUUGAAGGAAAGGUCCAAGGUGGUAAAGAAGGUUCCUAAAGGAACAUCCAGCUACCAAGCUGAAUGGAUUUUGGAUGAGGAUGGCGAAAGUGGUGGGGAAGAAGAGGAAGAUGAUGAUGUAGAAAAUGAGGAUUUUAUGGCAGAGGAAUCUCCGGAUGAGAGUAGUGAAGAGGAAGAAGAGGAGGAAUGUGAAACCAUGACUAUUGGAGAGUCUGUGCGUGAUGAUCUAUAUGAUGAGAAAGUGGAUGAAGAGGCUGAGGAAAUGAUGCUAGAAAAAUAUAAACAAGAAAGACUGGAAGAGAUGUUUCCGGAUGAAGUAGAUACCCCCCGAGAUGUGGCUGCUAGAGUUCGAUUUCAGAAAUACAGAGGCCUCAAGAGCUUCCGGACAUCUCCGUGGGAUCCUAAGGAAAACCUUCCUCAAGAUUAUGCUCGGAUCUUUCAGUUUCAGAACUUUACCAAUACCAGGAAACGCAUCUUUAAAGAAAUCAAGGAAAAAGACGUUGAAGGAGCUGAGGUUGGCUGGUAUGUCACACUUCAUGUCUCUGAAGUGCCUGUCUCUGUGGUUGAGCAUUUCAAGCGGGGAGCUCCAUUGGCUGCGUUUUCUUUACUGCCUCAUGAACAGAAGAUGUCAGUACUGAAUAUGGUGGUAAGCCGGCAUCCUGGCAACACUGAACCUGUGAAAGCGAAAGAGGAGCUGAUCUUCCACUGUGGGUUCAGGCGCUUUCGAGCCUCGCCUUUAUUUUCCCAGCACACUGCAGCGGAUAAACAUAAAUUUCAGAGAUUCUUGACUGCUGAUGUGGCCCUGGUGGUGACAGUAUAUGCCCCAAUCACUUUUCCUCCUGCAUCUGUGCUGCUUUUCAAACAGAACAGCAAUGGAAUGCACAGCCUCAUUGCUACAGGCCACCUCUUGUCAGUGGAUCCAGACAGGAUGGUCAUCAAGAGAGUUGUGCUGAGUGGUCAUCCUUUCAAAAUUUUUACUAAGAUGGCAGUAGUACGUUACAUGUUCUUCAACAGAGAGGAUGUGCUGUGGUUUAAACCGGUGGAACUGAGAACAAAGUGGGGCCGCAGGGGACAUAUCAAGGAACCUUUAGGUACUCAUGGCCAUAUGAAGUGCAGUUUUGAUGGGAAGCUAAAAUCUCAGGACACAGUACUAAUGAACCUCUAUAAACGAAUUUUUCCCAAAUGGACUUACGAUCCCUAUGUUCCAGAACCAGUACCUUGGGUGAAAAGUGAGAUUUCAACAGUGCUGCCAGAAAUGGACAUGAAGUAA